CAGAGGGUGAAAUCGCAAGCAUGGCUACAAGGAUACUCGGCAAAGUGGUCCACAGUAUCUGCAGUGCUCGGAACGUGGGAGCAGGGUUAUCCUGUGGCAGAACAUUCACAGCUGCUCCCUACUCUGCACCUGUAAUUCAAAAUGAGGAUACUGGUGUAAAUGAGAAACAUCUGAACUAUCCACUUACACAGCCAGACUUCUUCAGUGUGUCUGAACUAUUUACCAUUAAGGACUUGUUUGAUGCACGCGUGCACCUUGGCCACAAAAAAGGCUGCAGAAACAGGUUGAUGGAGCCUUACUUGUUUGGCACACGUUUAGACGUGGACAUCAUCAACCUGGAGGAGACUGCGUACCACUUGCAGCAGGCUUUGAACUUCACAGCCCACAUUGCUUACCGAGGCGGCAUUGUGCUUUUCGUCAGUCGCCGGCGUCAAUUUGCACAUCUAAUUGAAUCUACAGCACAUCAGUGUGACGAGUAUUCUCAUGCAAGAUACUGGCAGGGAGGUGUCCUCACCAACGCUGCCGGGGUGCGCCUUCCCGACCUCAUCGUUUUUUUCUGCACUCAAAACAGCGUCUUCCAGACACACACGGGUGUGCGUGACGCUGCUAAGGUCAAUAUACCGACGGUUGGCAUUGUCGACUCCGAUUGUGACCCAAGUCUCAUCACUUAUCCUGUACCAGGCAAUGAUGACACACCAGCUGCAGUGGAGCUGUACUGCCGGCUGUUCAGGACAGCCAUCAAUCGUGCUAAGGACAAGAGGAAACAAAUGGAGCUGCUAAAAGGGUUAUAAAUGAGUAAGAUAGGCAAAGAGGUAGGCAGUCAGACAAAAAUUAAAUUGUGUACCAUGUGCUGUAGUGUAGUUGGUUGAUUAUCAAUUUAUACCACAAUCAGUACAACAUUUCAGCUUUAUUUCUAAAAUUCGAUAAUGUUAACAGUUAUCACAGCUAAAAUGUAAAUAGAUCUGGACACCAGUACUGUCAUAUUAUGUCAAAUUAACAGUGUGAUACUAUUGUUAACAUUGUCAUGUUUAAGUAUGGCUGUCAUGUAUUAGUCAUUCAUUGUACUUAAUUGGACAUUACAGUAUUUUUUGUACCGAUUUCACUCCAACCAGCCCCUUAAAUGUGUCAUGCUUUGUGUGUCGUUACCAAAAACCUGUAACAUUCAUUUUCACGGUAAUGUACAAAUCACAUUAUAGUUUUACUGUGUUUAUCUAUUUAGUAAGCCUGAUUUUGACUGGUUACACUCUGGAAAAAAAGUGAAAUAUACAGACUUACAGGAUCCUUAAAUGAAUUAAUAAGCAUGUCAUUGUUUUCCUGUCCUUGAAAGUAAACUUUACUGUUUGUUUUCAAUGCUGACUGUUGCUGUUUAAUCUCCUUGAAUAUUUUUGUUUAAUUAAAAAACUUAACUUGUCUUAGUAGAACACACUGUGUGUAAAACAUGUUAAUAAUAAAGCGAGUAUGUACAUCUAGCAAGAGGACUAGAUUUUAGCGAGAGGACUGGUAAAAUUGGUGAAAUGAUGCUGGAGGGUGAGAUUUUGUGUUUUUGUAUGUUUGCACAAUGGGGGCUAAAAAACCUAACCCAAAAAUGCUAUAUUUUGUUUUCAAAAUCAUAUAAAAAUGAUUAAAUUGUUGCAUUUCUGAAAAAUGUACAUACAUUUCAGAAAUAUAUGAUCCAUGUAAUCCCGGCAUGAUUUCACUAUAUUCUUUAUACGGGCAUCCUGAUUGUUUGGAUCCUAAUUGUUUCCUGAUUGUCCUAAUAGUUUGGAUUUUAAUAUUCCCAUCAUCAUGCUUCUAAUGCUUCGAUGCACUGUGGUAUCAAUGUUUCUCUUGCACUCAUAAACCAUUCUGUUACUGCCAUAAAUCUCAAACUUGGAUUUAUCAGUAAAUUGUACUUGUGCAGCCACAUUUAUAAUAGGUGACCUUUGGCUGCAAAUAAACUUAAACAAACCUCUAGCUUAAAUCCACAUAAUUAAAUCUUUAUUUAAACUCUGAAAUACAUUGAGAUACAGACCUCAUUUACAAUAAAAUAAAAAAUACAA